GUUCGAAGUAAACACAAGUUUGUUUGACAUUGAUCACAUUCAUUUGCGUUAAAUAUGGCUUCAAUGCCUUUAAAUUCGUUGAAGCAAUUGGUGAAAGCAAUGUUGGAUACUCCGGGCUUUGACAGAGUACUUAGCAAGGUGAACAUUUUGUCUGCAAGCCCAGGUAAGCUGGUGUGUGAAAUGCGGGUAGAGGAGGAACACACUAACCGUGGAGGGACGCUGCACGGCGGGUUGACAGCCACCCUGGUCGACGUCAUCUCCACGGUGGCGAUCCUGAACACGGAGAGAGCUGCACCCGGAGUCAGCGUGGAUAUGAACAUAACGUAUAUGAGCGCUGCCAAGAUUGGAGAGGACGUACUGAUCACUGCUCAGGUUCUGAAGCAAGGACGGACACUGGCGUUUGCAUCUGUAGACCUCACCAACAAGGCCACUGGGAAGAUCAUAGCACAAGGAAGACACACCAAACACCUCGGCAGCAGCUAAACCGUCUGUGCCUUUCUGUGAAUCACAUAUCAUAUCAAUGUGUACUGUAAUAACAGGAAUUACCUGCCUGUAAAUAGAAAAACUCCUGCUUCUGAACAAAUCUGUCAUCAGUGCUACGAGCCUCUUUGGUUGUUUAGUUCAUGUUGACACGGUUACAUAUUUGUUGAGUUAAAGGGAAACUAACAGCAGUAUUGUAAGUCAAUCCUGAUCUCAUCACCAUAACAGUGGUACUGUUUCACGCACAUGUAAUAAAAAUAAAUGGACAAGAGUAAUGCUUUCAGAAUUUGCACUGUAUUGGGAUAUGCUCAGCAGUAUUGAUUUCAGAAUCAACAGAAAAAAAACCUAGAAGUUACACGCCUUAAACCCUUUCAACUGAACACACUGAAUCAACGAGGAGCAAAAUCAUAAGUACCUCAUUAUUGACAAAAAAACAAAACAAAACAAAAAAAGCCAGCAAAAUCCAACUUUUAUUCAUGAGCAUGGCUGCAACUUAAUCUUCAUUUUUUUUAGUAGGUCAAAUUAAACAAAAAUCAGUUAGCUUACAGCAACUUUGGUUAGGUCUGUUAAACAUUAAGUAUGUCACCCUUUCAGCGUCUCACCAACCCACAUCCCAAAUCAAACAAAACAUAAAAACAUCAGAUUUCAGUAGCUUAACUGAACGGUGCAUGACCAGUGACCGUAACCUCCAACAUCUAGCCAUGUCUCAACGUUAUGCACAAUGCCUUUCGAGUCACUCAAGAUUUUAGCAAUGGACUGCCUAGCAUGUUUCAGAGGAAAGCAAAUGACACCAAAAACAUUUUUUUUUUUUAAAGUCCAGCCAAAAAAAACUAAGGCGGUUUAUAAGAAGCCAUACCUACACCAUAUGAUUUGACAAAUACUGUUCAUCUUGUAUUCUUUGCUUGUACAGGUGUUUAAAUGCCUAUUCACACCUGUCCUUGGUCAAAAGAUUGUGUCAAGUUGUUCUAAAAACUCCACUGACAUUACAAACAAGCUUUAACAAUCCUCUCUUAUGACAACAAGGAUAAAAACAUGUCCAUCUGAGAACCACCGUGAAGACCUGUGUGUCGUUUGUUCCUGUUUUGAUGCAACAUAAAGAGUUCCUUCAAUGACCGGUGCUGUUGACAGUGCGGCUCCAAGAGAACAACCAACCACUCAAAAUCAAUGUUCGUGCAGGUUCAAAUAAACAAAAACGGAUGAGUGAGUAGAAGGGGAAUGAUGAGGAGGAGGGGGG